GUAAUUCGACUUUAAUUUCGUCACUUCUUGUCGCAGCGUAGUGACGUUUUGGUGAUAUAAUACUCAUUCUGGAAAAUACGUGACAUUUGGUAAAGGUGACCUGGAAAUUUGGUGCAUUGAAAUUACAUUUUCAACUUUUCAAUAACUAAAAUGCCACGCGGGAGUAGAAGCCGUACUUCUAGAGUUGCACCCCCAGCCAGCCGUGCUCCUCCACCUAGAGUAGCACCUAGGCCAGCUGCUCCUGUUCCGGCUCACCCUCCUCCAUCUGCUAUGGCUUCUCCUUCUGCAGCACCAAGGCAACCUGGUUUAUUUGCUAACAUGGCAUCAACAGCAGCAGGAGUGGCAGUAGGUUCAGCAAUAGGACAUACAAUCGGCCAUGCCAUGACUGGGGGUUUUGGAGGAGGACAGAGAUCAGAGCCUGCAAGCCCAGAUGUUACUUAUCAGGAGCCUCAACCUAUACAGCCAAUGUAUCAACAGCAGCAGCAGUACCAGCGCAGUCCUUGUGAAUAUGAGCUGAAACAAUUCUUAGAAUGCGCACAGAAUCAGGGCGAUCUCAAACUUUGUGAGGGAUUUAGUGAAGUGUUAAAACAAUGCAAGUUUGCAAAUGGAUUAUCUUAAACAUUGUGAUGAAGGCAAGCAUCUCUUCCUAUGAUCUGUCGGAUUGUUUGCCCAGUUUAACUGCCUUUUGAAAUUAGAAAAAAAAAAGUUUAUAACCGGUGGACUCUGUACUUAAAAAGAAUAUAUUGAGAAAAGUAGCACCUGCAACAGUUUUGGAGUUCUGAGGAUGUGGUCAGCUGACAUCAAGUUUAGCAGCAUCUAACAAGCAUUUUCAUUCCCAGCUAUAUUGUUGAACAUAGUUAUAAACAAGUAUGACCUGAA